AGAUAGAGAGAGAAAGAAAGAGAGAGAGGAAGAGAGCGAGAGAGAGCUCACGCUCUCAGACUGAAAUACUCUUAUCGCUCACUCUCUCACUGUUUGGGUGGACAGAGCUGUGGCGCAGGAAGAGAGAAAAGGAGCACUGAAAGGACAAAUGGUUUGAGAAGAACAGCCUGCCUGACCAGGAGAAAGACAGGAAUAUUGAGGAGAACAGGGCAGUAUCUGCAUGAGGAUGUGAUAGAAUCAAGGGAGCAAACAGGAAGGAAAGAGAGAGAGACAAAAAGUGCAUAGCCCCAGCGCUCUCCUUCAAGCGGAGAGAAGAGAGUGAACGUGUGCGUGGAGGAACGAAGAAGAAGAGGAGGAAGGAAAACCCAUUUGGGGGUGGAGCUGAGAAGGCUUUGGACUUGAGAGAGGAGGAGGAGCAUGAGGGCAAGUUGAUGAAUUUGAUUUGGAGAGACAAGUAUUUUUAGAAAAGGAAGAAAAGCAAGAGGACCGGGACUGGGAAAAUUCUGGGAACUGAGCGUGACCGAACAGAUUUUCUAUCCACUCUGGUCAGGUCUCACACAGGGAUACGCAGUGUUUGUGUGUGUGUGUGCGUGUGUGCUUGUGUAUUCAUGUGCUCCUCUCACUCUGCGAGUGUAUUUGUGUGCGUCUGGGAGUGAGUGGCGUGUCUACACGGGAGAGCUGGCCGUGCGUAGUCACCUGCAGGACACAACACAUGCUCCUUCACCCGAGAGAGAGAGAGAGAGGAGGAAAAGAGAGAAAAAGACAGAGUUCAAGUGUGACAGAUGGGAAAAGGGGAGGGCUAGGAGCCGACAGGGUACAUGUGAGAGAGAGAUGGAGGAAGAAAAUAGCACGAGAGAAUAACCAAGGCAAUUAGAGAUGCGUGGCCGCUUGCGUUAGCGGUGGAACGGAGACACUUGCAGCCUCUUCUCUAGGGGAUGGUGGAGCGUGAAGCAGGUUGAACCGGGCUGAGCGUCACUGAGUGGAGUGGAGUGACGGCAAAGUCCGAACAGUCAGCAGCCGGUUGACAGAGAGACGACCACCGGAGGAGCAGAGCGAACCGGCAGGACGAGCCUUUCUUUGACAGACUGCACCAGAUAGAACCACAACAGCCUCCAGACUCACUGCUCUCUUGUCAUCACUUCCUUCAUCCUCUUUUCUUUGAUUCUGUCUGUUCCGCUAAGCUCAUCUUGCCGCUUUUUCUCAAAGACACUCCUCCCCCUCUCUUUCCCUUGUCUUACCCCUUUCCCUCUCUAUCUCUCUCGUUCUGGGCUCUUGCUUUUGCUCUGUAUCACACAAACUGUGGCGGAUGCUGAAUUCGCUCAUGUAGAAGCUGCAUAGCUCGGCGCACACUUGCAUGGUUGAAGGUCUUUUUUCUGCCGGGUUGCAUGAGUUGGUCCCUCCCAGGUCAAGGAAAGCAGACGGACUAAGGGACAAGUAGAGUAACAAGUUGCGGAGGAGUAAAACAGGACGCCAGCAACAGCAAAUAAGACACUGCAGUGGAGUGGUUGUGAGUUUUGUGUGUGUGUGUGAGAGUGAGAGUGAGAGGAGUGUGUGCAAAGAGUCUGCCAAAGCCAUCGGGCCAGAUAAGCACACAUUCAGGUGUAGGUUACAUCAGUGGGUAUAUCGGUGCCCUGGAGCUCCAUGUGGGCCCCGGCCCCUGAGGCCUGGCCGGGAGAUGAAGCCUUUCCCGCGGCACUAGGAGCGCUGUGGGCAGCCAUGGCUCUAGAGGGGCGCUGUCUCCAGCGGGGAUCCCCAGUCGUGGUAAGGAGAGGUCGCCCGCGUCGUCCUGCGAGGCCAGGCCCGUCCUCAAUCACAUCUACUCUGCUGGCCAGGACACGUCUGCACGGCCUCAGGCAUGUGUGUGUCCCCGGUGGCUCCCUGGGCCAUCGGGCCUUCUGGCUGCUGGCCUUGUGCACCUCACUGGGCCUGCUUCUGUCCUGGUCCUCCAACCGCCUGCUCCACUGGCUCUCCUUCCCCACGUACACGCGGGUCCACACAGAGUGGGCCAAGGAGCUGCCCUUCCCCACUCUCACUAUCUGCAACAACAACCCUGUCCGGCUUUACAAACUCACCAAGAGUGACCUGUAUUUCGCCGGUCACUGGCUGGGCCUGCUGCUGGCCAACCGGACAGUGAGGCCCAUUGUGCUGGACCUUCUUCAGGAGGACAGUCAGGCCUGGUUCAGCAAGCUGUCAGACUUUAGACUGUUCCUGCCCCCCAGGAAUUUUGAAGGCACCAACAUGGAGUUUAUGGACAGGCUGAGCCAUCAGCUCGAUGACAUGCUUCUCUCCUGCAAGUACCGAGGAGAACCGUGCGGUCCGCAGAACUUCACAUCUGUGUUCACCAGAUAUGGGAAGUGCUACAUGUUUAAUGCAGCAGAGGAGGGGAAGACGUUGCGAACCACCAUGAAGGGCGGGACGGGGAAUGGCCUCGAGAUCAUGCUGGAUAUUCAACAGGACGAGUACCUGCCCGUGUGGGGUGACACAGAGGAGACAGCGUUUGAGGCAGGGGUGCGAGUGCAGAUCCACAGCCAGGCAGAACCGCCAUUUAUCCAUGAGCUGGGCUUUGGCGUCGCCCCGGGCUUCCAGACCUUUGUCGCCACUCAGGAGCAGAGGUUGACCUACCUGCCACCUCCAUGGGGAGAGUGUGAGUCCAAGGCCCUGGACUCUGGGUUUUUCAAGGUCUACAGUGUGACAGCCUGCAGGAUUGACUGUGAGACACGCUACAUCGUGGAGAACUGUAACUGUAGGAUGGUGCACAUGCCCGGUGAUUCUCCAUUCUGCACCCCUGAACAGUAUAAAGACUGUGCAGAGCCUGCCCUUGCCAAGUUGUCCGUGCUGGAGAGUGGUAACUGCAUCUGUAGGACACCAUGCAACAUGACUCGCUAUAACAAGGAGCUAUCCAUGGUCAAGAUCCCCAGUAAAACUUCAGCACGCUACUUGGAGAAGAAGUUUAACCGCUCAGAGAAGUACAUCACGGAUAACAUCCUGGUCCUGGACGUCUUCUUUGAGGCCUUGAACUAUGAGACCAUCGAGCAGAAGAAAGCAUACGUGGUUGCAGGAUUACUGGGCGACAUAGGUGGCCAAAUGGGUCUGUUCAUUGGAGCCAGCAUCCUCACCAUCCUGGAGCUUUUUGACUAUGCCUAUGAGGUGGUGAAGGACAAGCUGCUGGACAUACUGAGCAGAGACGAGGAAGAGGAGAGUCAUGGAGAGGACGUGAGUUCCUGCGACCCGGUGGCCAACCACUCAGAAGCCAUUAGUCACACGGUGAGUGUCCCUAUGCAGACCACCCUGGGGACACUGGAGGAGAUCGCCUGCUGAGCUCCGCGCCCAGCUCGGCACACACACCCAGGCCAGGCCACUGCAAGCCACCACCACAUGGGGUCGCCAGCGAGUAGCGGCCUCUUCAACCGGCUGGCGGAACAGAACCAAGGGGACCCCGUACGGACCAAGGGUGGCAUGGGUGACUGGUUGACUGAUCACAGGAGCUGGACUGGACUGGGUCUCACCUCCACACUGUCAAACCACCCUGUACAGCAGCACAAACGGGGAAUACAGAGCCGUCGGCUGGACUUACCGGCGCCCUCCCCUACUGGAACUGCUCUUGUUAACGUCCUGCAGGGGGCGGGCUGCCACCUCCCCUCCAUACUGUGCUCAUCUACCUGACCUGCGGCCUGUCCAUAGGUCUCCUACAGAUCACACUUCCACAGACUGCACUGUUACGCUAACAGGAAGAGACUGUACAGGACAUGUCUACUUGUUCGUCGUCCAUCGGUUAGUCAACUGCCAGAUAUCGUACCAUAACAGUUACCGUGAACCGUCCAAGUUGCAUGCACCGCCUCCUCUCUGACAGGGUUUCUCUCGUUGCUGAUUGGCUGACGCUGGACUGCAGUGUUGCUUUAUACUGUACAUGUGUGCCAUUUGCUGUGUCUCUCUCGCACUAUCUCUAUCUCUGUGAACUGGGCUACGAGACAAGACUAGCUAUUGAAAUGGAAUGUAAAGAUUGAACAUGGGUCUCUGUAACAUAUUUCAUAGGACCCAUCCAUCUCGGCAGGUCUGUUUUCUAAGGGGGCAAGUUGUAUACUUGGGGGAAGUGAUGUUGGACUUUUCCAUUCAUAUUGGGGAAAAAGAAAAACAUUAACAUCCUGAUGAAUCAAUUCUAAAAUUACUGUUUUGGAUUCCGUUAUUUAUUUUGUUUAAUGUAUCGUUCUGUCCAUUCCACUCCUAUACAUUUAACACCAGGUUAGUAUUCCGAGGGAAUGCAGGAUGCCUAGCUGUUGCCUACCAACAUAUUUAACAGGUGCCGUAUCAUGUCAUGUAAAUUAUUAAGAGCUUUCUCCUGGUGGCAGCGCCUCAGUGCAGGAAACGCGCUUGUUGAUGUUUUGACGACUGAGACAGAGUCAAAACCAGAGAGGUGAAGUGUGACAUUGUUUUCCUGGCAGAAUACAAGUAGAGUUCAAUGUUGCCCAUACAUUAAAAUGUUGAGGGGGAUUUAUUUAGUUUAAUUUCUGCUGCAUGAUGUAAGCAUGAUUUCUGAGAACUCCCACCCAGAGAUGGACAAAAAUACAAUUACAGAAUAUUCUAAAGGCCAAAGAAAAUACACAGUACUUUUACAAAGUGAUGUACUUCAUUAAAUACCGUUAUUGUUAGGUAUUGUGUAUUUUCAACUUAUAAUUUGCAAGUAGCCAGCCCAAACAACCAUAACAGUCUCAAUUAUGGUUACAGAAAUGUUUUCUUUACUAUGACUUUGAAAUGUUGUUGUUCAUCUACCUAAGUUUAACGCACUGGCUAUAAGUGACUUUGGAUAAGAGGGCCUGCUAGAUGAAUGGUUCCCAACCAAGAGCAGUAGGAAUCCCGGGAGUACUAUCCACAGAUUGUACUUGAGAAGACAAAUUAGACCUUAGGCUUACUGGUAAAAGGCACAGGAGGUGGUUCUUCAGGGAUACUUCAGGUGGAGCAAAAUCUAUUUGAUGGUACAGUAACCGAUGUGCCACAUGACCAAAAUGUAUAUGUGAAAAUAAGAAUACCAAAAUGAACUGCAAAGCACAGUUGUUUUAAGCUCCACACAAAGCACAGUUGUUUUGUAUUGAGCUUAUAAGAACAAUAUUUAGCAUGUUUUGCAAUUAUACAUUAUUCCAUAUGCAUUUAUAUUUAGUUCCUUUACCAGACACUAUUAUCACACCAUAGUGCCAUCAGAUUUCUGAUAACAAUGCCACAAAAUUGUGAAACAUUAUUUAAAAAAUUGUAUAGAACAGUAGUUUGUAUUUUACACACAAAAAAAUUGUAAUUACAGGUAUCAAUGUUCUUGUUGCAAAUAUACAUAAAUUGGAUAAAAUACAUAUUACAAAACUCUAAAAAGUAAUUAAAAUAUGUAAUGUAAAUACAUUUAACAGAAAUCUCUGCUCAAGCCUCACCAAAGGUUAGAUAACAGGCCUGGCAAUUACCCAGAUAGCAGCUAGAGACUAAUUCAAAAAGAAUGUCCAUGAUGCACAGAUGUAGUGUAUGAAGUUACAGGGACAGUUAUUGUUCUAGUGAAUUGGAGCAUACUGUAUUGUGGUGUAAAUAUUGGUGUUGUGGUACAAAAACCAAAAACAGUUAAGACCUUUUCCUGUGUACAUGUUACUGAUGAUAACAUAAUGUACAUGACCCAACUUAGGACUGUUUAACAUUUUGAUUUGAAGUACAAAUGGAUUUGGUAACAGAGCCAGAUAACAUGAACACAACUCAUUAAACUAGUCAAGGCCAAAAUGGUCGCUCAAUCAGCGAGAACAGUAGUCUGCACAAAAGCAGUAGUCAAAUUGCAGAUGAUCUUAUCCAGAGAAUGGCCAUUGCCCCAAUCAGAAGCCGAUAUGGAUGAUGUAAGAUCAACAGAAGCCCAUAUGGAUGAUGUAAGAACAACAGAAGCCCAUAUGGAUGAUGUAAGAACAACAGAAGCCCUUACAUGAGACGUUGACUUGUCUGAAUAAGUAUUUGGUUUGUACUUUGUUUCUUUAACUGCCCACUGAUCUAGUGUCAUUACACAAAAAUGGAUCAUGUUGCAUCACUAAACACAUCCAUCCAGAGUAGCAUAUCAAUUAUGCCAUGGUUAUUAACAAGUGGUCUACUACGUGAUAAUGUACAGUACAGGUGGGAAUUAACUUUCAAGUGAUUUGUGAGACUGUUUGAACUAUAAUUUUCAGUCUGUUGUUGACCUGCUGUGUAAAAUCGGAUCUCAUGUAUGGUUUAGUACGUGUCCUCCUGGCAAUGACUUCACCUGUAGAUCUGUCCAUGGAGAGAGGAAAAUGACUUCCAUGACACGCUGGGUCUCAGUGAAAACACAACUGUUCUUUUUCUUCUUUUUUUCUUUUUUAUUGUAAUUGCAGAACUGUUUAUUUUUUUUUUUUGUGAUGCA